UCUGAAAAUAAUGCACCUCAAAAAUCACAUUUUGGAAUUUAAAUUGAUUAGAUAGAAAUACUUUUAUCCAAAAUCAUUUAAUUUUCUAUCUCCAAUCUCCAAUAAUGUUCGUUCACCCUCAAAUGCUCCUUACACUUCUUUCCUUCCUCUUCAUCACAACACUAACUUAUUCCAUUACAAUCCCAUAUAAACCACCCGACCACCUCCUCAUCAACUUUGGCCUACCAAAAAAUUCUGCACAAACCGAUAACCGCGGUGACAGAUGGCGGAGCGAUGAAGAUUUCAUCUUAGCAACGCAAUCUGCCACCAGUAACUCCACUGCAAAAGCAGUGGAGGCUACAACUCCCUAUAAUAUGGCCCGAAUAUUUCGGGCCAUGACAACAUAUUCCAUACCUGUUACUACGUGGGGCCCAAAACUAGUCCGCCUCUACUUUCCACCCCUAUCCAUAUCCUACGACAUCAUAGACACCAAAUCGUCUUUUCUUUCGCUCACAAUUAAUGGGUUCAAUAUUUUGUGCAAUUUUAGCGCGUUCGCUGUUACGACUAACGCGAACACGCACGCCAAUACAACUGCGCCCGUAACAAACGGGCUUGUAAGAGAGAUUUACAUCUCUUUGAACGAAGGAAACGGGCAAAUAAAGGGUCUAAACCUAACUUUCUCACCAAGUAACCCGGAUGGGUUCGGGUUCAUAAACGGGUUGGAGAUUAUAUCUGUACCCGAUGGGUUGUACUUUAACCGUUCCGGAUCCAAUAUGGUUCCAUAUCUUACGGGUGGGUUUCAAGAUUAUGUGAAUAACCCGUUUAAUUUUUCGGAUUCAAUAGCUAUGGAAAAUAUUAUCCGGCUGAACGUUGGUGGGUCGAUCGUGCAUCCGAGUAAUGAUUCCGGACUUGGCCGGACUUGGUUCGGUAGAGACGAUGACUACAUGAUGCUACAAGUGUGCAUCAUGCAAUACAAGUCUUCCUGCUCUUUUUAUUUGAGCGUCGCUUUGACUGUAUCCCUCUUGCCCUGUCUUCAGAUGAGGUGGAGUAAUGGUCUAAACUACACAGUGUCGUGCAACGAUACCACAAUCAUAAACUUCAAUUAUACAGUUGCAACACCAUCGUAUACGGCGCCAGAGUUAGUGUACUUGACAAUGAGGGAGAUGGGACCAUAUGUUGGAGAAUUGAAGAAAAACCAAAAUUUGACAUGGUUGUUCGAGGUCGAUUUUGGAUUUAAUUAUCUUGUGAGACUCCAUUUUUGCGAGUUAGUUUUCGAAAUCAACAACACUGCCCAAAUAGUUUUCGACGUUAGUAUCAACAAUCAAAUGGGUGCACAUGAUAUUGAUGUUUUUGCGCUAACUGGUGGCAUUUUCACUCCAAUGUAUCGAGAUUUUGUUACGCUCUUUGAAGGUAGUGGUACCAACAAAGCUAGUGUCAAUACCAGAGGUCUUCUUUCAGUGACACUUACUCCCGACCUUACCACAACGUAA